AUGGAUGGUCCUCGAAAGAUAGGCCAGCUACCUUUACAUCUCCAGCUGCAGCACUUCCGCAAAGCGCUCUCCACCAACCCUACGCUCCUCACGAUCCUCAGGCUCGUGCCGCAACUUAACCUAACGCACUGGUACCUCGCUGCCGGCUCCAUCGCGCAGACAGUGUGGAACUACGUAUCAGGUCUGGACCCUGAGACGGGCAUCUCGGACUACGACCUCGUGUACUACGAUGCGUCAGACCUAUCAUGGGAGGCGGAGGACAGGGUCAUCCAGGCAAGCAAGAAGCUCUUCGCCGGUAUAGCAGCAGAGGUUGAGGUACGCAAUCAGGCGAGGGUUCAUCUCUGGUACGGGGAAAAGUAUAGGAAAGAGUGCAUCCCCAAUAAGACCCUGGAGGACGGGAUCGACUCUUUCAUUUCGAAUACCGCUAUCAUCGGUGUGCGAAUAAGGGAGGACGCGAAGGGGCAGCAGGAGGAGGACGAGUGGGAUAUUUACGCGCCGUGGGGGUUGUCAGAUAUGUUCAACCUAGUCGUAAGACCAAACCCUGUUCUUGGAAAUAGGGAAACGUAUGAGAAGAAGGCAGAGAGGUGGAAGGCAAUUUGGACCAGGCUGACGAUCAAGCCAUGGCCGAGAGACUAG